CUGAUCUCUGCUGCUGCCUUUAUUCAGAACACGCUUUACCGGAGAGGGGUAUGUGCCUGGACCGAGUCAUGCAGGAUCAGGCCCUGGAGGUCCAGCAGCACUGGGAACGGUUCCGUGCUCAUGCAGACAGUUGGCAGCAGCAGGUCAGCUGGGCUUUGGAGAAGCUUCAGGACCUGCAGGACUCCAUACAUCAGGAGCAGUCUGGUUUGAUGGAGAUGAAGAUCAUUGGGCAAAGGUGGCACUCAGAUGGGCACCCUCUGGUUAGCUGUGAACUGGACGGUAUUGAGGAGACCACUAGCUUCAAUGAAGGAACAGUAGAACUUCACCUGAGUGCGACAGAUGUCAGUGUCAGUUUGGUUCCACCCCCUGACAUCCAGCUUGCUCCAAUCUCAUCAGCAUCACCUCUCAGCCCCGGUACACAAAUGAAGAUUUCAGAGGGGGCAGUGAUGAAUCAUCACAGACAGCACCUCCUAGAUGCUCAAGAUGAUAACAGACCACUCUCCCAGGACUUCUUAUCUGCUUCUGUCCAGUCUCCAUGGCAGAGAGCGGUCUUGCAUAAUGGCGUCCCUUACUACAUUAAUCACGAAUGGCAGACUACAUCAUGGGAUCAUCCACAAAUGACUCAGCUUUUUCAAUCAAUGGCUGAUCUGGAACAUGUGCGCUUCUCUGCUUACCGAACCGCUAUGAAGAGCCGCAGAGUGCAGAAAGCCUUGUGUUUGGACCUUUUGGAGCUGGCCAUGGCUCAGGGAGUCUUUGAUCAACAUCAGCUAUCUCAUAAUGGACAUCUUUUGGAGGUUCCAGGCAUCAUAAGAUGUUUAUUUACAAUCUACACUGAGCUUCAGCAGGUGCAUCCAGAUAUGAUCAACAUGCCCCUGUGUGUGGACUUGUGUCUCAACUGGCUUCUGAAUGUCUAUGACAGGGAUAGAAGCGGAAAGAUUCAGGUCCUGAGCAUGAAGAUUGGCUUGCUUUCUCUUUCAAAAGGACACCUUGAGGAUAAAUAUAAAUAUCUGUUUAAUCAGGUGGCUGGCUCUGCAGGAGUGUGUAACUCCAGGCAGCUAGCCCUGCUACUGCAGACCACCAUACAAAUCCCCCACCAGCUGGGUGAGGCUGCUGCUUUUGGAGGGAGCAACGUGGAACCCAGCGUCCGCAGCUGCUUUCAGCAUGUUGGGAGUAAGGAGGCGAUUGAGCUGGACCAGUUUGUAGAAUGGAUGCACCUGGAGCCCCAGUCGAUGGUAUGGUUACCAGUGCUACACAGAGUUGCUGCAGGAGAGACUGCCAAACACCAGGCCAAAUGCAACAUCUGUAAAGAAAGCCCUAUGAUUGGCUUUAGGUAUCGCAGUCUGAAACAUUUUAACUAUGAUGUGUGUCAGAGGUGUUUUUUCUCUGGAAGAACCAGCAAGGGUCACAAGCUAAACUAUCCUAUGGUGGAAUACUGCACCCCGACAACCUCUGGGGAAGAUGUGCGUGACUUCACCAAGGUGCUGAAAAACAAGUUUCGGUCAAAGAAGUACUUCACCAAGCAUCCUCGCCUUGGAUAUUUGCCAGUCCAGGCCAUUCUAGAAAGUGAUCUAGACUUCCCAGUCACACUCCUGAGCAUGUGCCCAGAGCACUAUGAGUCCAUAUGCGUGCAGCAGACCAGUUCCUAGGCAGUGGAAGCAGUGGACAAGAAGGAACAGGCACUAUCCAUCUGUCUGGCCUCUCUGGAGUAAGAAACAAGCAGCUAGCUGGUCACUGCCUCGAAAUUACUCCCUGACUGCAGCUCUCUCCUACUUUUUUUCUGCUGGCAAGAAAAACCAUAUACCCAAUUGUGGACAGAAGGCUAUAAUUUACUGUAAAUAAAACUGUACAUCUGUUGACUGCGAAACCAUCAAAAAAUGUACUUGUUUUGUUUCUGUUUGGACUAAGUCAUAAUACAUAAGUGUAUAAUUAAUUUUAUAUUCACAACUAUUUCUACUAUGUUUUCCCUACGUAUUGUAUGAUUGUGUCUUUGUUAAGCCUGACUUUCUUUAUGUACUUGGCUUUUUUUGUUGUUGUACCUAAAUACCAACUCUGAAAGGUACAUGUACCUGAUAUGAAUACUAUUUAACAAUGAGGAAAGGGAGUUUUUACUUUGUGUGAAUGGCCUUAAUUUAUUUGUGAAUUAGCAUUUAUCUAGUUAUUUUUGUGCUACACAAUGCUAGAAACUUCACCUACGUUUUUUUCAUAAACACAGCUGGGCUUAUUAUCAGUAUGCAGAUGAGAUCGAGGCAGGCUAGGAGACUGUAUAAAGCCUUUUGUGAAUGACAAAUGGAGCACGAAGAAACUUCUGGAAUAUUAAGAGACAAAGAGAGAGAGAGACAUCACCAAGACUUCUGAAGAGCUAUGUUCUGUUGUUAAUAUCUCUACUCAAGUACAAACAUUCCUGCAUAGCUACCAGAUCAUAAACAGAAGCUGUCUACCACAGGCCAAUCAGGAGUAAUCAUAUGUUAAGAAUCAACCUCUGACAGAAAACACAGCAAUCCUGCAGGGUAUCAGCACUGUAGGGAAUCAUAUCUAGUACAAUACUGCUGGUCUUUGAUAACACUAUUUCUGCAGUAGAUCCUGCAGUAGGCAUUAGUAGGGGAUAGUUCCUACAGAGCAAAUUACACACCAGUUUCAACCACCAAAGGCCUGAUAUUCUAUUACAAACUCAAUCUUCAUUAAUAAAAUGCAGAAUAAACUGUCAGCUGUCAAGUUUAAAAAAUGAACUUCCUACAAUUUAAAGAUAUUUUUUGAAAAAGAAUAACCAGAGGCAUACACAUCCUCUGUAUCUCAGCAUGGCUGUACAUCUUUCUUGUCAAUUGUUUUGGUGAAUGCAACAUAAGGUAAUUUAGUUAAAUUGUUUGCAGAACUUUCAUCAAAGCUGUCACAACCUCGUCCCACAUGGUAAGAGUUCCCUACAGCUCUUAUGACUAAACCGGUUUAUGUUUCUCCUUGAGCUUCUUAGCAGAUGAUAACCAGCCCAUAUC